AUGGCCGACGCGGAGAAACCGCAGUUCGUCGCGAGCGACGGGACCGUCUUCGACAAGAAGUACAAGGUCAAGAAGUACGAGUUCAAGCUCAAGUACACGUUCACGGACAAGAAGGGCGAGAAGCUGGCCAAGCCGCCGGGCGCCAUCGACGGCCAGCCCUUCGACAUGGCGGACUGCGAGGGCUGCGAGCUCGUCGUCGCGGACCGGUGCGACCAGGUGCAGAUCGACGUGCUGAAGAGCUGCAAGGUCUUCGUGGGCGCGUCGAGCGAGGCCGUCUUCGUGCGCAACUGCAGCGACUCCGUCUUCUACCUCGCGUGCAAGCAGCUGCGGACGCGCGACUGCGUCAACUGCACGUUCUACCUCUACGCGCAGACGGAGCCCAUCAUCGAGACGUCGACGGGCAUGAAGUUCGCGCCCUUCAGGGGCGGCUACGCGGAGCAGGCGGCCCACAUGGCCGCGGCGAACCUGGACCCCGCCAUCAACCUGUGGUGGGGCCUCUUCGACUUCAACGACGAGGCGAAGACGGGCAAGAACUGGUCCUACGUGCCCGACGCGGAGCAGGCCGAGCCCUGGUUCCCCAACGGCGGCGCGGACCAGGUCUGCGCGAUCACGGCGCCCGGGUCGCGGUCGUCGCUCCCGUCGCAGAACGGCGGCAACUUCGGCAACUCCUCGGGCGGCAUGAUGUCCUUCGACUUCAACACGUCGCUCGAGGCCGCGGAGCAGGCCCACCUCGAGAUGGAGGCCAACACGCAGCCCCCGCCGCCCGCCGCGCCGCCGGCCGCGCCGGCCGCCGCGCCGCCGCCGCCCGUCGCCGAGAUGGCCGCCGCGACGAUCGCGCCGCCCGCGCCCGCGCCGCCCGCCGCCGGCGCCGCGGGCGCGCCGCCGCCGCCGCCCGCCGCGGCCUAG